UUCCAUGAAAUACCGACUAUAAUACAUUCUGAAUUAACGGUAAUUAGCAAGCCAAAAAGAAAUACAGUUAACUUGACAAAUUUAUGCAAUGAUCCGGAAAAAGUGCAGACAUUGCAGGAUCCACGUAACAUUGAAGAUCAUUUUGAUAAUAAUGUAGAGGGAGUUAGCUAUGCUGAGCACCGCUGCGUAAGGUUUGACGAAGCCGUGGCCGUGUGCAAUGCCGCCAGGCAGAAUUCCGGCUCUGCGCGUACCGAUCAUGCCAUCGAUUCCGUUAUAGCUGAUUUAGCAGCAGAGGCCGCAAAGGAAUUGGAGCAAGAAGGGCGGGAAAAAUGUAAAAAAAUAAACUGUAAGCCACCAGAGAUGAGAGACUUGAAAAGUGGUUUAACCCUAAAGGGCUGUUCUUUAGAAGCACAAAGCCUUCUGAUGGUUACCGGAGGAAAAAUGCCAUCCUCUUGCGAACCGAGAAAUCUUAACGAAAUGUUCUACUACCCUUCAGAAUCUGUUUCAACGAAUGAAGAUCACCAUGACUCUUUGUCGUCCGUAAACGAGGAGCAAAGAAAAAUUAUUGAAAAACUUUUCGAGACACGAAGCACUCAAGCCAAUCUCUCCAUAAUGCGUAAAUAUUUUAUCAGAUGGACGCAUUUUAAAACUAUCGAGAAAAUCGAACGUGAAAAUGUUGGCGAUUGCCGCUUAGAUCGCGUCGGGAAAAUUAACAUAUUUCUGGAUAAGGUGCGUUUUGAAAAAGAUCGCCUGAAUAAGUUACAGAAAACUGCAACAGCGGAUGGACUUGCAGAGGAAAAUGUAGUCAAUAGCAAGAAAGAUAUCGCCUCGAAUGUGAUAAAGGCUAAAAAAUAUCAAAACAAGAUUAAGGUUCAGCAGGAUAUAAUUGAUUUACAGCGUGUAAAAUUGGAACGCCAGGAACGAAUUAUAAUGGAAUUGAAAUUGGGAAAGUUGUCGGAGGAAACGAAAGAGGCCAGACAAGAGCUUAAGGAAGAUUUAAAAACUGCUAUACGUUCCGGCGAUCCCAAGUUGAAAGCGAAGGCAAAAACUUUGCAAUUGAUAGGCAAUUUGAAGGACCGGAACGAUGACGAUAGAUUUGGACGAUUGGAAGGGAAAGCCUUGGAGCCAGCUUUCCUUAGGAAUAUGCAAGAGAGAGCCUUAGCCAGAAGUAUAAGACAGGAACAAGCUCGACAAAGGCGUUUGAAAAUUGAAGCUGAGAAGGAGGCACAAAAACUAGCUCUGGAAGAAGCUAAACGGUUAGAAGAUGAGGAAACUAAACGCUUACGCGUGGAAACUUGGAAUGAGAAACGUCGUCAAGAGCGAAUGGCGAAGAUACUUAAAGAACGUGAGAGACAGAGGGCUGCUGAUAAUAUGAAAAAAGCUCAGGAAUUUUGUAGACGUUUACUUUUAUCACGUAUCGGAAUGGAAGGAUUUAAACGGCUGCUGGAACGUAGACGUGAAAAAUUUCGCAAAUAUCAAGAGCUUCGACUUAAAUUAAAUAAGAAACGAUAUUUACAAGCUUGGUUUACGGUUUAUUGCAUAGCUAAGGCUAGACGAGAUAAAAAGGCUGAUGACUUUUACGAAUGCAUUUUGAAAAGACGAAUAAUGAACUGGUGGUGUUGUUAUGUGGAAAUGGAACGCAGUAAAGUCAAUGUCGCAGUAGAUUGGUAUGAUUUCAAGUUAGUUGAAGGCGUGUUUCGUAAAUGGUGGGCCCAUGCCAAACGUAUGCGGAUAAUAGAAGAAAGCAAAAUGAAACAAGCCUGUUCGCAUCAUGAAUGGCAAUUGAAAUGGAAGGUUUUAGAUUGUUGGCGCCGUUUGAAGCAAAUGUUACAACUGGAGAGAGAGACCGAAGAAAGACGUCAAAAAUGGCGUAUGAAAAUUUGGGAACUUAUUCCCGAUUAUACUCCGGCAAAGGAUGACUUGGAAUUCAUAUGAAAUAUUUAUGUAAAUAUAAACGAAAAUAGUCGCAGCCAAGUCAUUCUC